GCUGUCCCCCUCACACGUCCAGACAUGCGUAGUGUGAGACGCGUACAGGGAGAUGGUAACUGCCUCUUUCGAGCAUUUUCUUACAUUCUGACAGGGUCUGCAGAUCAGCAUAUUGGUGUACGACAUGCUAUCAUUGACCACAUGACAAAUAAUGCCCAAUAUUUCCUAGGCCACCAUCUCGUAGGCUAUGACAGUAUUCAAAGUUAUAUAGCUUCCACAGGUAUGGACCAAGAUGGCACCUGGGGAACUGACAUUGAGAUGCUGUCUUUGGCACACCUGCUCCAGACCCCUGUCUUCUCAUACAGCCAGCAGCAUGGGCAGUGGCAGCGGUCUCCUCAUGAUGUCGACAGACAACUGAUGGAUGACAUUCACCAGAGGUCUAUUUUUCUACCUCUGCAGGUCUUUAAAGGCUGUGAUCUUCUGUCUAAGGGGCACUGGUGUCUCAACGUAGCUGACCUGUCAGAGGAAGGAGAUCACUGUACUCAGCUUAUCAGGGGCCUUAGCAGGUGCUGUGCACUUUGUCAGACCUGGACCCUACAAGCUUCUACUACACAUCCACUACGCUCUUUGGCCUCCACUUUUGACUUCAGCUGGGUAGACCUCUUCAAAAGAGUGAACUCCUUGCACAACAAAUCACAUUCAUUAUAAUUAUGUUGAUGUCUCACUUGCGCAUGCGCCCGCUACGCGCGAGAGGCGCGCGCAAGUGCGUAAAAAUUGCAACAC